GGCGUAUCUGAGUCCAGUUCGAAGACAGACAUCCAGAUGUAACGAAACGUGAUACAUUCUAUGUAAAACCUUUAUCUGAGGCUGAAAUGAAAGAAAAGAUUCUUAUGAACCCACAAAAGUAUAUUCCCUGUACCUAUUCAGAUGGAAGGCGCGCAUGAAGCGUUUUGCACUCCUGUUGGCGGAAAUCAUCCUUUCUCAGUGAUUGAGAUAUCUGGACGAUCGAAGAUCGGACAAGUUUUCAAUGAGGAUAAAGUUCUCGUAGAACUACUAGACGACAAUGAAAAGCACGAGAAACGAUUUGGUAGAGUCCUGGGUAUAUUGGAACGCCAGCGACAUAAAGACGUUCAGAACCCUGUCUUUGUCUGCACACUGGACGAAGUAGACAGUCACCUGGUACGCCCGAUGUGUAAAACUGUACCCAAAAUACACAUUAUCAACAAACAGAUUGUUGAAAAGUUUGGACACAAAGUAAAACGCUUCAAGUGUGAAGUUUAUGAAUACGAUGAGAGGGCAGGAGUACUUUGUGAGCCAAAGAUAUAUGACAUAAAUCCUGCAGGACAGAAAACGUACGUGUUUCUUGUCGCGUACAUAAGCUGGAGUCCUCUACAUGUUUAUCCUAUUGGGGCCAUCAUCAAGAUUUUAAAUUGGGGAAACAGCAUUCCGAAAGGAUUGACAAUACUCAACCUCCAGCAUGAAGUUCCAUCCAUGUACAAACGUGAAACAGUGAACAGGACCGAGAGCAUUGUUCGCCAAGGUAGAGAUGAGCCAAAGGAAAAGCAUGUUUCAAGGAAGAACCGAUCUUACACACCUGGAGGUGUUUACUAUAGAUCCGCUAGAAUCGAAAGACUUGGAUGAUGCUCUUAGUAUCGAGUCAGAUGGGGACGGGUAUAGAGUUGGUGUGCAUAUUGCAGACGUCUCAUCGUUUGUUGAA